AUGGCCAAGUGGAGCAUUGUCGCCCUCGCCCUUAUCGGCUGUGCCGUUGCCGAGCCCCCUGUCGGCUACAGCUACUCAGCACCAUCUUCCCUGCUGGUCGUCGGAGGCGGCCACGGUCACAGCUCUCCUCUAGCUAGCGGCGGCCACUACCACUCAGUGCCAGUCGGCCACCAGUCCUCUGAAGGCUACCACAUCGACCCUCAUCUAUUGGACAAAAUCAAGCACAUCAUCCUGAAGGACGAGAUCCAGAACCAAGCUUACCAAUCAUCAGUCGGAGGUCACGGCCACGGCAUCUCAUCUCACUACGGACCUCCCGCUCCCGUCUACGGCGUACCUCAUGACAGAAUCGUGGGUGUCGAAUUAGAGUCUCUCCAACAAGGCAUCCAGGUCGCUCAGUACCACCAGGCUGAAGAAGGUUACGCUGGUGGUUACGCUGGCGGAUACUCUGGAUACUCCAGCGGUGGCUACUCCGGCGGUGGCUACUCCAGCGGUGGCUACUCCAGCGGUGGACACGGCUCAAUCUCCUACAGCUCCCCAUCAGCCAGCUACACCACCAUCGGAGUCCCGUCCGGAUCCUACGGCGUCCCAUCUAUCUCGUCCUCCUACGGCGCUCCUCACCACUAA